AUGAGUCUCGAAACUUUAGUUGAGAAAUGGCUGGAUAUAGAUAAGAACGAGAGAACGAGAGCGGAGAUCGAACUGCUGCGCAGAGAGGGCAAGACAGACGAGCUACUUGCCCGGCUAGGGUCACGAAUUCUUUUUGGAACAGCUGGUCUGCGGGCUAGAAUGGAGGCCGGAUUCAGCCGUAUGAACGAUGUAACUGUGAUACAAGCAUCGCAGGGUUUGGCAGAGUAUAUGUUGGAAGAGUCUUUGUCAACUGGGUCUCCCAAAGUGGUGAUUGGACAUGAUCACAGGCACAAUUCUGCGAGAUUUGCAAAGCUUACGGCGAGUAUAUUUCUACUUAAAGGUUUCCAAGUAAUUUUCCUCGGAGACGGAGUUGUUCCAACACCUUUUGUGCCUUUUGCAAUUGACCGUUGCGGAGCCGUUGGUGGAGUCAUGGUGACAGCAAGUCACAAUCCUGCUGCUGAUAACGGCUACAAAGUUUACUGGGGAAACGGUUGUCAGAUCACUAGCCCGAGAGAUUCGCAGAUCCAGGAACAAAUCUUAAAGAAUUUGGAGCCCAUGGAGGCCGUGUGGGAUUACGACCGCGUCCUGGAGACCUACGCAGACUCGGUGAUUUAUUCACGUGAAGAGAUUGCAAAGGCGUACCACAAGUCUUUGUGCAAGCAUCUAAUCAAAUCCAAGAUUACAUCCCAGUUCCGGGCUGUUUAUACUCCCAUGCACGGCGUCGGGCUGGAGCAGGUGCUUGUAGCUGCUGGUAACCUUGGGUGCGAGCUUGAGAUUGUCACUCAGCAGGCACAGCCAGACCCGGACUUUUCUACGGUUAAGUUUCCUAACCCGGAAGAGAAAAACGCGCUGGACUUGGCAAUGGAAACUGCAAAUCUCAAGGGAAUUGACCUGGUUCUUGCGAACGAUCCAGAUGCAGACAGGUUCUCUGCUGCCGUGAAGGUGGCUGGCAAGUGGAGACAACUUACCGGAAACGAGAUCGGGUUUCUAUUUGCUGAUUACUUGGCUUCUGAGCUGAGUCCAGAGCAAUUAUCGAGAUCGUAUUUUCUGAAUUCUACAGUAUCUUCGCAAAUGAUCAAAGCAGUGGCUGCUAAGAAUGGGUGCAAUUAUGAAGACACGCUUACUGGAUUCAAAUGGAUCGGUAAUAAGGCCAUAGACCUCGAAAAAAGCGGAUAUGAGGUUCCGUUCGGUUUUGAAGAAGCCAUUGGGUUCAUGUUCCCACCCAUCCACGACAAAGAUGGGAUUUCGGCGUUGACUGUGUUCCUUCGAAUGUAUGAUGGGUGGCUUCAAAAAGGUACCAAUGCGAUUGAGGUAUUGCAGAGUGGGUUUGAGAAAUACGGAUUUUUCAAGGAGUGCAAUGGCUAUUACGUGGUACCGAGGUUGGACUCAACAGAAAAAAUUUUCAACAGCACCAUCAGAAGCUCACAAAAGAAUGGCUCGUAUGAAUUUCCCCACACAAUUGCAAACUACAGAGUGGUUGCCUGGAGGGAUCUUACCCUCGGAUUCGACUCGACCACCCCAGACAAUGUGCCUGUUCUUCCGGUUGACAGUAGUUCCCAGAUGAUAACAGUUGUCUUGGAGCCUACUUUUGGCUCCGGAAGUAUCAGGUUCACUGCCAGAGGAUCCGGAACUGAGCCCAAACUCAAGGUUUAUAUCGAGGCAACGGCCAACUCUGAGGCAGCAGCUUCUGCUUUGGCAAAAGAUGUUUGGAGUGUACUGCGCGAUUCCUGGUUUAAGCCGCUAGAGUAUAACCUGAAGGAGGUUGUAUAA